UGAACAGCGGCGCGUUCGUGGAGGAGCGUCGUCAGAGCAGCAGGCUCCCGCACCGGUGCGCGCGCGGACUGAGAGGAGAGCGGGGGUUCCACGCGCUCACCAAACCCAGGGCCUCUCUGAGGUGAAGACAUCCCGAGGAUGGACUGAAAAGUGCGGGGAGAAAAUAAAAUAAAGAAAAGGAAAGGAGGAAUUUGAAGCAGCGCCGAACACCGCGGAGGAUGUCGUCAGAGAAACACGGGCUCAACGACGCCGCCCGUCAGGCGAUGCAGCCCCCUCCGUACCUGCCGGGCCCGCAGGAUCCCAACAUCCCCCAGCACCCCAACAUGGCGCCCGGGACCCAGCCGGGGUACCCCCCUCCCCCUCCCCCGCCGGGCUCUGAGGGAUACCUCCAAGAAACCCAGUUUCACUGCGGGCCCAUGGGCCCAAACGGCGCCCCUCAGGGCUACACCGUCCAGACCCAAGGCCCCGGAGGCACCAUGCCGCACCCCCCCGUGGGAUACAUCCACCCGGGGUACCCCCUGCAGCUGCAGCCCUGCACAGCUUACGUCCCGGUGUACCCGGUGGCAUCGGGCCAGCCCUACCUGCCCGCCGGAGGGGCUCACCCGGGGAUGCCGCCGGGGCAGAUUCACCCCAUGCAGAUGCCGCCCAGCAUCACCCUGAUGGACCGCCGGCCCCCCCACGACUACCUUCCCAUCGCGGUGCUGACCACCGUCUGCUGCUUCUGGCCCACGGGCAUCAUCGCCAUCAUCAAAGCCGUGCAGGUGCGCACCGCCAUCGCCAGAGGCGACAUGGUGACGGCGGAAAUAGCCUCCAGGGAGGCACGCAACUUCUCCUUCAUCAGUCUGGCCGUGGGCAUCGCCUCCAUCGUGCUGUGCACCAUCCUCACCGUGGUGGUCAUCAUCGCCUCGCAACACCACGACGACGACUGGGAGCCGUAACUCCGCCCCCCCUGGAAAACCACAUUCAUGUGCUUACUGUCGUCUGGACGAAAGAGAGCCUCGGUCCUCCGUUUAGAUGCACACGACGUCAACCACUCAAACACGACAUCAUUCAAACACAGACUUGAGAGGAAUCCGGUUUAGUUCAUUCGUUCCGUGUGAGAGGACGAUCGGUGUCGGACGCCGCGAUCGAUGUGCAUUUCUAACAAAUGGAGGCCGGACUGGCGUCUCUGAGGUCACUCGUUGUUUCAUGUGUGACAUCUUAGCCGGACCGACAGCGGCACUAUUUAUAUUUAUUUAUUUAUUUAUUUAUUUAUCGACUCUACUAAAACCUUCAUUUUGACACAUUAAUUUGGCUUUAAAGACCCACUCCCAUCAUUCAUUCAUUCAUUAUGAUUACACUAAGUUGAUCCAUAAAAUUUCUGUUUUCUAAGACCUAGUUUCUGCAGAGCGGCAGGAGUUCAAUAUCAAUUCGCCUCCAAAUUGUGGGCGGGUCCCUCCCCCCUCCCCAUUACCGAGAGCUCUCUGUUUACAUGCUCUCCUGCUAGCUUACAGCCCCUCACAACUCCAAGCUAACAUCAACAUCGAAGCUUUACAUCUAUACAGGGGCGGACUUACCAAUAGGCACAGCUAGGCGAUUGCCUAUGGCCCCCAACACUCUGGGGCCCCUCAGCAGAACACUUAAAUAAAAAUAAAUUUACACCGAAAAAAUAAAAUAUUUGAUUAAAUAAGAACAGAUCUGUAGAUUUUAGUCUUCAUCAAAUUAAUGGUUUUCUUAACACAAACAUUUAAUUUAAUAAUAACUAAUAUUUUUAAAUGUAACACAAACUGAGAAGAUUUUUCACUUUCUAAAGUGUAUUUUUAUUUAAAAAAUAAAACAGAAAUAAACACUCAAAACCACUGAAAUGCCUUAAGACUGAUCAUGUAAAAGUGUUUCAUCCACCCCCGUUCCUCUGCUGCAAUGGAACAUUCCAGUCAGCAGCAAGUUAGCCAGCACAGAAUUCCGUGUUGCCAGAUUGGGCGGUUUUUAUCCCCAAUUGAGCAGCUUGGAUUCCGACUGCAGAUACAUCUUGGGGGGAACGAUUCAGCAGCUUUUGGUCUCUUAUUGAAAUAUGUUUCGAGCAGGGAGGCAGGUGAAGCACAAACUUAAUUUACGGGAACACAAGGAAUCGGAAUAAACGUCAAAAAUGUGUCGGAUAAAAACACGCCAAUCAGAAUCCUCUGAUCUUGGAAAAUUACGCUUUAACGCUAUCUUAAGGUAUCUAAGGAAAUAAAAGCAGAAGAUCGUCUCACUACGAGCUAGUCAGCCAUUUUGUUUAUAAAUAGAAUUCCGUUCAUUCUUCUUCUACGGGAUAUUCCAGUAUUUUUUAUAGUUUUGCGCAUGUCAAUAUGAUUUAUUCCGAUCAAACGUAAGUAAAAUAUUAAAAUAGAAGUUUUUCAGAGCGCAUGUACACAGUUCAAUUCUAAUCCGAUCUUUGAUUCGAUUAAAGAUAAAGUAAACGCAGCCAUUGCCUCACCUGCCAUCAUGAGAUGUAUAGCCUACUAACAAUAAAUGUGUUUUAUAAAUGCAAUUUAUACAUUUGAUCCCAAUUAUUUCAUUUUAAUCCUCAAAAAUUGUUGUACUUUAUUGCGUACUUCCUGUUACUAGGUCAGUUUUGAAAUGAUUUCCAUUUUAAAAUUCCUUUAAAACAUUUGGAUUCUUGAUUUUUACUACUAGUGAACCAAUGAAGAAGCUAAUUGAAAUUUAAAUCUAAAAGGAUUAAAAAAAAUUCAACCGCUGCAGGGGGCCCCGUUUUAGUUCUUGCCUGGGGCCCUAAAACUGCUAAGUCCGCCACUGUAAGUAGGUGCAUCGAAAUAGGGCGGAGCAGGGGGCGUGUGGCCCCGCCCAGCAUAUUUUCUACUAACAGAUUUUGUUUUAAAUGCAGAAUUUUCAGUUAAAUUUUCUUCCAAAAUCAGAAAAAUGCCACAAGAACUUGUUAAAAACAGCGUUUUCAUGGGAGUGGGUCUUCAAACUGCAGAUGAAAUGAUGCAGCUGCAUAUAUUUGUGCAUGAUGAAUAUACAUUUCCACUAAUGGGCUUUAAGUGAGAGGAGCUGCUUUUCUCCCAAACGUGUUUCAGUAUUUUACAGAGUUAAAAAAAACGAUGGAUCUCCGUUUGCAAGGACUCAUAGACGUUUGACCCUCCUCGUUCGUUUCCAUCCGUCUGACGUCAUCGAAGUAGAUUUAGUGCGUCUGUUUUCCAUGAUGUAGCUUUGAAAAGCAGCCGUGUCACCAGGCGUUUCAGAGGUCGGGAGAUGAAUGUCUGGAGGAGGGAAGUACAAAUACCUACACAGUAUUGUAGCACUUUGUGAGGCGGUCCGUUCGUCCUCUCGGUGGAUUUCUCGUCUUCUGGGGACGAAGGCGUCGGACCUCUGAACAUAUCUCUGCCGUUCGCCCCGCCGGUUCCUCUGAUGAUGGAGCUUGUACAGAUAUAAUAUAUAAAAAUGACACAAAUAGUAAAGAAAAUAUACGGAGUAGUGUAUUGUUGAAAUGUUUUUUUUUCUUUUUUGCUGCAUUUGUAUUUUAUUCAGAAGGACAGUUGGAUCUAAAGUGUGUUGAGGGUUUUUUCUCCCCAAAAAACUAGUAUUGAAUCUCAAUUCAGAGUAUAUUUUUCUGUAUAAAAUAUUUAAAAAAUGCAUCGUAACCAACCCUGGAGACUUUUAAAUAGGAAUUAAUUAAGAAUUAAGCUCAAUUAAAGUCCCACUCCGAUUAUUUUUGAUUUAUUUGGAAUAGUCUUAUUUAUUAGGAUGUUUUUAGCCAAAAUCAAGGACAUAGUUUCUGCAGAGCGGCAGGAGUUCCGCUUCUAAGUUGUGGAAGGGGCAAUUAGUGUGGAGCAACACCGCCCCUCUUCCCGUUAGUGAUAGCUCGGAUUAGGAUCUGUAUUUUCUAUGUCACAAAUCUUUUGAAUCUGCAUUUUUCCUGAUUCACAGUGAUUGGAUUAAAAAAAAUACUGUAUCUUUAUAAACGUCCAUCAUCAGAAAAAUACACAUUAAAACACCAUUUUCAUCGGAGUGGGUCUUUAAAUUCAGAACUUUUACACUUUUACAUUUAAAUUUAAAAGUAUUUUCUUUGUUUAUGUAUUUAAAAGUACCACUUUUUUAUAAGUAAAUUUGCUUUUUGAUGGAGAGAACUGCAGAUUCCUUUUUGCCAAAUACAGAUUUUCUUCUCUCAAAGGCUUUUCUGAGGCUCCAAUUAUCUCAAGUGGGAAGUUGUUGCUUCUCAGCUGCAUUUAAAUGUAAAUUUGGCAAAAUUAUGAUUCAGUUUCAAGGCAAAACCUCAAGAAUAAUGACACGUUUUUGCUCAAAUAAAGAGCAAAAACCGUCUAAGAAAAUGCCGAGGUUUGAGGGCAGUGCCGAUGCUCCGAUUCACAGUUAAUGAAAUAGUUUCAUUUCUUCAGUCUGUAAUUAUGUUGCAUCCUCCAACAAACAUAAAACCCUUUUUUAACUCAGAAUUACAUUUAGAAGAUAACAUGGUCUUUAAUUUGCUCGUUUUACAAUGCAAACGAGUUUUUCUGAGCCUCAAUUGUCAGAGAAAAUUCAGAAAAAAUUCAGAUUAACUUUAUUGUUCCUCAUGAACAAAAACACACAAACUAAUGAUUAUAACUCAUAGACUUUACACAAACUAUUUACGCAAUUUAAAGAGGAAAAACGAAAGAAUCAAAACAAAUUCUGACAGAAAUUUCAAAUAGAAGCAUGCAACAAAAAAAUAUUGAGGAUAAAUCAACUUUCCAGAAUUAAAGCAUGAAACGUUUUAACAAUUUUAAACUUAAAAAUAAUAAUAAAUAAUGAAAAUCAAAGCAGAUGAAAGCAAAAAAAAAAUUUUUUUUUUCCUUUUUUGAACUCAAAAUCCUAAAUUCACCUUUUAAGUUCAGUUUAUUUUUAAAUUAAAAACAGGAAAAUCAGAGUUUUACACCAACACCGAUUGUCUAUCAGUGUUGAUAUAUGAAUAAAACAACAAAGAAAUAAGAUUUAGCUUCAAAGAGCUGUCGUAGUGUCCCUAAAAGGGCAGCUCCCAGCCAGCCCACAUGGUUUCAAAGGGGGCAGAAAAUUUGUCCCCCAUUGGUUUGUCUGCAGUUUCUGUGGUGGCAACACCCGUGUUUACCCACAUUAGCUUAGGUGAAGACCAGUGGGUUGGCUCGCUAUGCUAGCCAGCCUCCCAGUGGACAACGACGCUCGCUAGCACGCUACAGUGGAGCUCGCCAGUUUGCUUCAGCGGGGCUUGGUACCAUAAUACUGAGGAGUUCGCUAUCUUUUUUUUUUUUUUUUUUACUUUCAGACACAAAAGCCAUUUUUAACCACUUCUGUGUUUUUGUUGUUCAUUUUUUUUUUUUUUUUAAGAUGAGUUUUUUUCCCAUUGUAUUAAGCUCGCUAGCUUAAUACAAUGGAACUUGCUAGCAUAACACAGUGGAGCUCGCUAGCUCGAUACAACGGCGCUCGAUACAGAGAGCUUGCUAGCGCGCUACAGAGCAUGUUAGCAGCAGCUCACUAGCUUAAUACAGCGGAGCUCACUAGCUCGAUACAGUGGAGUUUUCUAGCAUGCUACAGAGCGUGUUAGCAGGAGCUCGCUAGCUCUAUACAAUGGGGCUUGCUGGCAUUCUACUAAGCGUGUUAGCAGGAGCUCGCUAGCUUGAUACAAUGGAGCUUGCUAGCACGCUACUGAGCGUGUUAGCAGGAGCUCGCUAGCUCGAAACAAUGGAGCUUGCUAGCAUGCUACUGAGCAUGUUAGCAGCAGCUCGCUAGCUCAAUACAAUAGAGCUUGCUAGCACGCUACUGAGCAUGUUAGCAGCAGCUCGCUAGCUCGAUACAAUGGAAAUUGCUAGCACGCUACUGAGCAUGUUAGCAGCAGCUCACUAGCUUAAUACAGCGGAGCUCACUAGCUCGGUACAGUGGAGUUUACUAGCAUGCUACAGAGCGUGUUAGCAGGAGCUCGCUAGCUCUAUACAAUGGGGCUUGCUAGCAUUCUACUAAGUGUGUUACCAGGAGCUCGCUAGCUUGAUACAGUGGAGCUUGCUAGCACGCUACAGAGUGUGUUAGCAGGAGCUCGCUAGCUUGAUACAAUGGAGUUUGCUAGCAUGCUACUGAGCGUGUUAGCAGGAGCUCGCUAGCUCGAUACAAAGGAGCUUGCUAGCAUGCUACUGAGCAUGUUAGCAGGAGCUCGCUAGCUCAAUACAAUGGAGCUUGAUAGCACGCUACAGAGUGUGUUAGCAGGAGCUCACUAGCUCUAUACAAUGGGGCUUGCUAGCAUUCUACUAAGCGUGUUAGCAGGAGCUCGCUAGCUUGAUACAGUGGAGCUUGCUAGCACGCUACAGAGCAUGUUAGCAGGAGCUCGCUAGCUCAAUACAAUGGAGCUUGCUAGCACGCUACAGAGUGUGUUAGCAGGAGCUCACUAGCUCUAUACAAUGGGGCUUGCUGGCAUUCUACUAAGCGUGUUAGCAGGAGAUCGCUAGCUCGAUACAAUGGAGCUUGAUAGCACACUACUGAGCGUGUUAGCAGGAGAUCGCUAGCUCGAUACAAUGGAGCUUGCUAGCACGCUACUGAGCGUCUUAUCAGGAGUUCGCUAGCUUGCUACAGCGGAGUUUGCUAGCUUGCUAUGCCGUCCACAGGGUGGCUAGCGUAGCCACCCAACCCUUAAGAGUGUCCUCUUAAGCUAAUGUGAGCUAACAUGGGUGGGGCCACCACAGAAACUGCAGACAAACCCAAUGGGGACCUUAAUUUUCUGCCCACUUUGAAACCGUUUGGGCCCGCUGGGCCGUGUUAGCAGACAUGCUAAGCGUGACCGUACUAUUGAUCUCGUUCCAUUCUGUGCAAUAAAUCCAAAUCAAGUGCAUCUUCAAAAGGUAUCCAAGCCCGUUUCCUAGGUGUUCUAAGUGGAUGAGGUGCGGCGGCGUGGUAGAAACUGUGACACAUGGUGUUUAAGUGUACUAAAGAACAGUGUUGUUUGGUAUCGAUAUUGUUCGGGAGGCUCCGACAGAUUAGUUUGGCUAUCUAAAUACUUCUAGACUUCUGUUGUGUGGCACUAGGCUACAUUUUCCUGUGUGCUUUCUGUUCUCUGCAGCUCUAGGACACAAAGAUCUUUGAUUUUCUGCUUUUCUUUGUGUAAAUGCAGUGGGCUCCCUGAAGCCCACCUGUGAGCACGUGGGGUUUUCUUGAUUCUAAUCGGUUGUGUUGCACAUGCAUUGGUUGUUUCUGACUUUGGUUGUUUGACUACUGAAUAAAAGAGUCGUUCUGAGCUGUGGAGGACGCUCUGGUGGA